GAUUAUUUCUUUCUGUUAAUAGUUCUGUGUUGGUCAUGGAUGUUUUAAAUUUGACAAUUGCUUAGAGUCUUCGACGACUGCAGAAAAAGCAGAGGCAGAGUGCAUAGAGUUCAUUCAUCUUGCACCUUUGAUGCAGCAUAAAGCAUGAGAAAAGUAGUAACAUUGAGUUACUUGGUUUCCCUCUCAAGGAACUUACUCUUUACAACGGCCUUCUUAAGGUCACAAAAGUAGUCAAAAUUUCGACAAAGUACAACUUUGUGACUCUGUUAAACAGAAUCAGAGAAAUAUUAACAUCUAAUGAGUAUAAGUAGUUCUUUAAUUGUGCAUCCGAAUAUAAUAAGCCAAUAAAUUUGGCUUUUCGCAGCAACGACAACUUAGAUGAAUUUGACUUUGCAAGGUUUUCUUAGAAGGAAUAAGUUACACAAGUAUUUCCACUUUUGCAAGAAGUGUUUUGACAAGGGUUUCUCUCUUAGGGUGUGUUUGGUACGAAGGAAAACAUUUUCCGGAAAAUGUUUUCCAAUUUUCUCAUGUUUGGUUGGAUUAAACAUAUCUGCAAUUGGAGCAGCAGGGUUUUGCUGGGGUGCAAAGGUGGUUGUUCAGCUAGCUAUGUCUGAGAACAUUCAAGCUGCAGUGCUAUUGCACCUGUCGUUUGUCUCUGUGGAUGAUUUUAAGGAGGUGGAGGCACCAAUAGCUAUUUUAGGAGCUGAGAUAGAUCAGCUAUCUCCUCCUGAGCUUGUUAAGCAGUUUGAGGAGAUUUUAUCAUCAAAACCUGAGGCGGACAGCUUUGUGAAAAUAUAUCUUGGUGUUGCCCAUGGGUGGACUGUGCGAUACAACGUGGAGGACAAGAAGGCUGUGCAGAGUGCCCAAGAAGCUCAUCAGGAUAUGUUGAACUUCUUUGUAUGCUUUUAAGUAAAAUGUAUUUUAGUGGUAAA